AUGGCGCAAAUUAGCAUUGCGAAGUCCUUCCUGCUAGCCUACGCUUUCGUCGUUCUCUCUGCUGCGGCUGUUACAGUUUCUGCUCAGGCGCCGGCACCAUCUCCCGAUGUUGGAGAUGCAUUCUCUUUGCCAGUCUCUGGCGCCGUCAUUGGGACAUCUCUUUUGCAACUUUCAAACAAACCAAUGGCGCAAAUUAGCAUUGCGAAGUCCUUCCUACUAGCCUACGCUUUCGUCGUUCUCUCCGCUGCUGCUGUUACAGUUUCUGCUCAGGCGCCGGCACCAUCUCCCGAUAUUGGAGAUGCAUUCUCUUUGCCAGUCUCUGGCGCCGUCAUUGGGACAUCUCUUUUGUUCUCACUUUUCGCUCUUUUGAGGCAUUGA